AUGUUUGUGACAAUUGCUCAAGAAAUAUCUGGAUUCCUAAACCUUCCACCAGAGAUUCUCCUUUUGGUAUACUGCAGCCUCGACUCCAUCGCCGAUGCAUAUUUUCUUUCUCAGACGUGUCAGCAGGCCUACCAUGUCUUCAGCCGACCACAGAGUCAGCCAAAAAUAUUCGAAUCAAUCAUACACAAUGUCCUUCAAGACGCUGCCCCAAACCAAGCCUGGCUGGAAAAACAGUUUGGUCCCGGAUCACUUUGGCGACCUAAGGAGGCUGAUCUUCCAGUGGAUCUAACAAACAAACCGGCCCGAGAGUUUCUGAUCAAUAUCGGAUUCCCUUCCGUCAAGCUCCCCCGCAUAGGUUUUAACUCUACCCACUUGAAAACGUUUGCCGACAAGGGGGACAGCUUGUGUAGGUAUACGGGCGAAGAGCUCUAUGGGAUAUAUGAUCCUGAUGAUGAAGUACCGGCUCUAAGUUUUUGUCUCGGAGAAGUAUAUACCCAGUUAGUCAUGCUGGAGAAUGAGCAUGGUCAUGUAUUCUGGUAUAAUGGAGAUUGCUAUGAUUCUUUGGGGCGUGACCGAGGUCUAGUCGCACAAGGGCUGGAUAGUCUUGCCGUGCUAUUGGGGAUGGUGGUCGCCGUAACCAAGGAUCUACGUGAAAGCCCAUUAGAUCUCUCUCUGGAAGAAUUGGAGCGCCGGGUCGAGAUCCUUAAAAGGCCGCUUGAUAUAUUGCGGGGGAAAAUGAGAGAUUAUGACUUUUACGCGGAGGACGCCGAAUUUUGGAAUGAUCUGUUCUCUGAAUUGUUAGAUGACUGGGAAUUUCGGGACGAGUCACUUGGCUCAUAA